AUGGAGGCAAUACAGAGCAGACUGGAGACAUGGAUCAGAGAUCAGAAGGCCAAGAUGCUGAAGGUGUCAUGGGGCCCACUCCAGUGGAGAAUGAGGUGGCCGCCUUGGAACGGUAACGACAGAGAACAGAGGAAGAGGAUUCAGGAAGAGUAUGAGAGACGAAAGAAGCAACUUCAAGAUCUUUGCCGAGCCUUUAAGGCCGAGUCUGUGACUGAUCUUCAGGACAUUUUUUGUUGCAUGGUGCUCGCUGAGUGCGUUUACAAGGCCAAAUUUGACAAUUCAUUGUUGUACUACUCUUGGAAACGANAAGUUAGUAACCUAAGACAGUCAUGUCAGGAAACGGAAGAUGCUCUGUCUCAAGGCAUGGAGAAAUUGCAAUCAACUCUUGCUGAAACUGUACUUGUUGGUCAACUAGUAGAAAGAGAUUACAUCCCACGGAUAUCUACUGCAAUGGAGAAGUUGGAAGCUCUAGUCGUCUUUGUGAACCAGGCUGACCAUCUUCGCCAGGAAACGCUACAGCAGAUGUCUCGUAUCCUAACAACUCGCCAAGCAGCUCGAGGCUUGCUCGCGUUGGGGGAGUACUUCCAACGACUUAGAGCUCUGAGUUCUAUUUGGGCCACUCGUCCUCGUGAGCCUGCCUAAUCUUGUACCGGAAAAAAGUCUUACAAGCGCACAAAUCUCUGGAAGAUCAUCGCCAUCCAAACUUUGUUUCCCCCAUCAGAGGUCCAAGCUUUGUUUCCCCCAUCAGAGGUACUUGUGGACAUUGUUGUUACAAACAUAAUCUGCAUCCUUUAAGCUGCUGACAUUUUUGAAGCAGCCACACGCACGCGUCCUGAGAAAUUGUAAAUAUAAAUAGUCUUUUUUACCUGAGAAGAACUUAAGUUUGUAAUUAAAUCAAUUUUCGAUGUAUGAUGUACAUUUUAUCAUCUGUUAAAGAAUAUAUUUAGGUUUUAUGCUUUGGGGUACCGUUGCAGCGUCGUCAUGCAAAUCCUUACAAGACAACAGUUUUUGUAUUUCUUAUGUUUGUUGUGUAAAUCGUGUAUUUCAUAAUGUUUUCAUGUU